UGUUUUGUCUCUCAUUUCUAGAGUAACAAUUCCAAGAUGCAGAGGGGUACAAGAAUCUCAUUCAGCUCUGUGAAUUCCUCUCUCUCAUCUCUGAAAAACUGCCAGUCUUACAUAAAUACUGGAAUGGAUAUUGCUACCCACGUUGCCCUUGACCUGGUGGAAAAUUUCAAUGAUGAAGAGGAUGUUAGAAGUAUGGAAAAUGUCAUGUUAGAGUAUGCUGCAUUGGACAGAGAGCUUAAUCAUUACAUGAGAGCAUUUGAAGAAACGAUAGAUCAGAUAAAACAAGACAAACCAGAAAAGAUACCAGAUCUAAAAUCACUAGUAAAAGAAAAAUUUACUGCAUUGGAGAGCAUGAACAGUGACUCAGAUUUGGAAAAAAAUGAAAAAUAUAUGUAUUUUAAGGAUCAACUUAAAGACAUGAAAAAACAAUUUCGUCUUCAAUCAGAUAGUAAUGAUAAUGACGACAUCGAACAAAUCGAUGAAGAUAUAGCUGUGACUCAGAGUCAGAUGAACUUCAUUUGUCCCAUUACACAGGCGGAAAUGAAGAAGCCAGUUCGAAACAAAAUCUGUGGACAUUCCUAUGAAGAAGAUGCCAUUCUAAAAUUCAUCCAGACUCGAAAGCAGCAGAAGAAGAAAGUCUGCUGCCCUAAAAUUGGCUGUAGCCAUGAUGAUGUAAAAGGAUCAGAUCUCGUGCCAGAUGAAGCACUUAAAAGAGCGAUUGACAAUCAGAAUAAACAAAGCUGGUCAAUACUGUAGAAAUCGGCUGGAAGUGCCGUUGCCACAAAGAAAAUUUGUUAUUAGAGGUCUCAUGAGAUAAGCUGCUGAUUGUAAGCAGGUUGUGUAACGGCUUGUUAUUUAAAGUGUUCAUUUAUAGGCAAAGUUGAAGGUCUCCGCUGUAACUGAAAACACUUUUUCACCCGCCAAAUAUGAGGAAUUCUUGUUGUUUUUUUUCUCUUUCUUGAAAUUCUAAAUGUUGCGUUUGUUAAAUAAAAUGUGGCUUUCAGCCUUUAACUUCCCUA